CGUUCAUACUUGUCUUUAUCUAUUAAUUACAUGCGUGCUGUGAUUACAUGUGUUACUGUGUUUUACUUACACAUUCUGUAUUAUCCGAUAAGCACAAUAAUUCGAAACUUACGUUAAUUAUACAUUUGGUCAAGGCCAAUGAAUGGAUUUUGCGAGGCAACAACUCGAAAAAUAUGGAUGGAACGAAGGGAAAGGAUUGGGACGUGCCGAAAAUGGAAUUUCUCAAGCAAUUAAACCGAAAUUGAAGUUUGAUAAUGCUGGUAUAGGUCAUGAUGCUGCAGAACAAUUUACCCAUUGUUGGUGGGAAAGAGCCUACAACAGUGCUAAUAACAACAUUGAAACUGGUAAUGAGAUGAGAAAGAAAUCAAAAGACAAAGAUUUCGAAAUAUCAACGAAAACAUACUCAGUACAAAACUUAAAGAAUAAAACAAGCUUGCUCUAUGGAUCAUUCAUAAAAACGGAAAGACUCACCGAAAAUGGCACUGAACAUUACAAUGUUCCUAUAUUAGAGACUGAGCCUUUAAAAUCUUACCAAGGAAUGACUGAUGAAGAACUGUUUGCUUCUUGUGAAGGAAGAACUGUUCAUAAAGGUGCUCGACAUGGUUUAAACCUAACUGGAAAACUAUUAAGAAUCGAAAAACAAGAAAAGAUGCUGCUCAAAAAAAUGAAAAAAAUUUCCUUAUCUGAGGAUAGCUGCAGUAAAGCUGACAGGAAAUUAAAGAAACUAGAAAAGCACAAGCAAUGUGAGGGAAAGAUUACAUCCCUGGCAGGCAAAGAUGAUACCCCAUCCACUUCUCAGAUUUCCACUUCCAAAAAAUCAAAGAAACGAAAGAGUGUUACAUUUUACGAAACUGUAACCAAAAUUUACACGGAACCAGAUAGCAAAGUUGUACCUGUGAGGGAUGACAAUAGUGGUUCGGAUGAAGGAAUUGAGAAAGAUUUGCUAAACAAUAACAAUGAGGUGAAUGUGGACCAUGACAGAGCGUUUGAGGAAACCAGCAGAAUGGAUAUGUCAACCCAAAAAAGAAAAUUCUUUGAAAAACGCAGAAUGGAAGCAAAACUGUGUUCCACAGCAAGCAAAUUUUUGGAAAGCGUCUCUACUAAAACCGAAGACCACGCAAUGCAAGUAGAAAAACAUUGUACAUCGAAAAAACGCAAACGCCUGGAAGAGAAAGUGGAUUUGAGCAACAAACGGAAGUCUAUUGAAACUCCGGAACUGUCGAAGAAAAAGAAAAACAAGAAAAAGAAACAUAAGAUUAGCCCAGAGGAAGCAAAAGUUAUGAAAUCUAUUAGUAAAUCUCUUAAAAGUUUUUGUCGCAUUUCUGAAAGUAACUAAAAAUAAAGUUUCUUUUCCGUUCAAUUGCAAUUGCGCAUCGUUUUAAAUUCAUGCAAUUUUUUCGAGUUAAAUGUUUAUUUUUUAUUUACUUUGUUAUUCAUUAGACUAAAAUUACAUUUUAUUUAAAGUAAUUCUCAUUAAGUGUCAACAAAAGAAACGCUUCAAAAAAUAUUUUUAAUGGUGAAAUUUUGCUAUUAACUUUAGUUUCGAGUUUUCGAAGAUAAGUUCGAAUGUCCAAUUGGGAGAAUAAAGAAUCUUGAUACUA